UCUGUUUCACACCGCUUCAGUCGAAAGGGAGGGAGAGAGGCGUCUGAGGAGGAAUCGUAGGUGAGGUUUGGACCACAGCCGGCGAGGUGGAGGAGGAGGAGAUCGCGCGCCUCGUACACAUUUGAAGGAUGCGCUGCCGCGCGCAACGGCGCGUACUGUAGAGAUACAGCGAGCUUGCGGGAUUGAGGCGUCAGGGUUUCUUUCUCUAUCCAUGUUUGGCUUUGUUCAAGAAAACCUGUCACUAUCUGACACUCCGUGAGCAAACAGCAUCACUUUACGGACGGAAGAAGAGGAAGGCAGGAGUGGGCUGUUUCUCUUCUCGCAAACAUCCAGAGCACUGCUUUAAUGAAGAAACAGACCUACUAACAAUCUCACAGAAGGGACCCUCCAGAACAAGUAUGGGGUCACCAUGGAAACCACUUCUCCUGCUGUCAGUUAUCAGCGGCCUAGCAGAUUUUGCUAGAGCCGUUGCCGGGAGACCUGUGUCAUAUGCUGCAGUGCUGCGGAUGAAAGCAGACAGUUCCUCAUCCUCCUCACUCAACUCCAGGAUGAGGUUAAGGAACAACCAUGGAGUGGGAUCAUCUAGCCAGGACUGGCCUCCGUUCUCCAGACACAGAUACUCGGCCCUCAGCUCACAGGAGGACUACAGGAGCGAAGAGAGCGAGGAGUUCGGUCCAGUGUUCUUUCAAGAGCCAGAUGAUGGAAUCUUCUCCCUGGAUUCGGAUGAUAAGAAAGUGAUAAUGAAUUGUGAAGCCAGAGGAAACCCUGUUCUGACCUACAGUUGGCUGAUCAACGGAACCGUUGUGGACACAGAAGCGGAUUUCCGCUACAGUUUGAUUGCUGGGAACUUAAUAAUACACAAUGCAAGCGAGGCCAUUGAUUAUGGGAGAUACCAGUGUAGAGCUGAAAACAGCAUUGGCACCGUCCUGAGUCGAGAUGCACUCCUGCAGUUUGCCUAUCUCGGGGCGUUCAGCGGUCGGGCGAGAGGAGCUGUUUCGGUGAGGGAAGGCCAGGGCGUUGUGCUAAUGUGUGCCCCCCCUCCUCAUUCGCCAGAGAUCAUCUACAGCUGGGUGUUCAAUGAGCUUCCCUCGUUCGUGGCAGAGGACAGCCGGCGAUUCAUCUCGCAGGAAACGGGAAAUCUGUAUAUCUCCAAGGUGCAGCCCUCGGACGUGGGCAGCUACGUGUGCCAAGUGAAGAACACUGUGACCAACGCCAGGGUCCUGAGCCCACCGACGCCUCUGGCUCUCAAAACAGAUGGAGUGAUGGGGGAGUACGAGCCCAAAAUUGAAGCGCAUUUUCCCCAGACGGUGCUGGCAGCCAAAGGCGUCACAGUGAGGCUGGAGUGCUUUGCCCUUGGGAAUCCUGUCCCCACUAUCACCUGGAGGAAGAUGAGUGGGAACAUCCCCAAAAAAGCCCGUCUGCGCAAAUCACAAGCUGUUCUCGAGAUCCCCAACAUCCAGCUAGAGGAUUCUGGGAGUUAUGAGUGUAAAGCUGAGAACACCAGAGGAGGCACUGCGUUCAGAGGACACCUCCAGGUCUACACUCUGCCGCAGUGGAUCAGCAUGAUAAAUGACACUCAACUGGACAGCGGAGAGCAGCUCCAUUGGGAGUGUCGAGCCACAGGAAAACCCAGGCCCACAUAUCGCUGGCUGCGCAACGGAGAACCUCUCAACUCACAGAGCAGAGUGGAAAUGGUGAAUGGGGAGCUUAUCAUUCACAGACUACAGCAGGCUGAUUCGGGAAUGUACCAGUGCAUCGCAGAGAACAAGUAUGGAGCCAUCUACUCCAGCGCAGAGCUCAAAAUACUAGCGUCAGCUCCCAUGUUCAGCACCAACCCUUUCCGGCUCAUUGCAACCGUUGGAAAAGACGUGUCUCUGGAGUGCCGUCCACGUGCGUCACCCAAACCCAGAAUCUCAUGGAGGAAAAAUGAUAGGAGAGUCCAGCCCAGCCGAAGGUGUGAUAAUUAUCAGGAUUCAGGAUGA